AUGCAUCUCCUGCUCCUCCUCACUCUCACCACAACCGCCACCCCAAGUCUCUCCCUCCCUUCUGUCUGGAAACGAACCCUGACAACCUCCGAUCUUUGCUCCCAAGACUGCACUCUCCUUGGCACCCCCGUCCCCGACGCCACAACCUUCACCCUCCAGCCAGAAAACGUCCGUUCUGCCUGUCCCGAAACCUUCAUUGGCACAGACCCCUUAAACCCCCUCGCCUCUUCCCGCGCCUGCCUCUCUUUUUCCUCAACAAACCUCCUCUUCAAAUUCGAUCCUUUCCCAGGCUACAUCUUCGACAACGCCACUGUGACCUGGAAACUCCGCGGCAAUUUACUCGACAAAGACAACUGGGCCCCUCCCCCACCUCCAGGAGCGCAGGAUCUCUCGUUUUACCGGGAUAGUGCACCAGGCGAGGAAGAAUAG